AGGAAUUGGGGGUUUGGGGUGAGCUCAUCCCACCCAGGCAUGAACCAGAACCUCCCUCCCAGCCCCUGCACAUCCCGGUGCUGCUGGAUUUCCAUGCUCCCCUUCCCCCCUGGGCCGGUGCUGGCAGGGCUGGAGGUGGUUCUGUGGUCUCUGGAUGCUUUUACCAAGUGCUGAGUGCAGGAAAACAGCAAAACCACGAGAAGGGGCCGCGCUGCUGCAGGGAGGAGACAACGAGAUCCCGGCAGCCAGCCUGGAGGGAGGCUCCAUCCCACAACCCUGCAGAGGGGCUGCUCCCUAGGACCCCCAGCCCAGUCUUCUCCAUCCCAGCAUCCUGAAAAGUGGCUGCUCUCCAGGAUUCCCAGCCUGGAUGGAGGCUCCAUCUCAUAACCCUGCAGAGGGGCUGCUCUCUGGAAUUCCCAGCCUGGAUGGAGGCUCCAUCCCAGCACCCUGCAGAGGGGCUGCUCUCUGGGACCCCCAGCCCAGCCUUCUCCAUCCCAGCAUCCUGAAAAGUGGCUGCUCUCCAGGAUUCCCAGCCUGGAUGGAGGCUCCAUCCCACAACCCUGCAGAGGGGCUGCUCUCUGGAAUUCCCAGCCUGGAUGGAGGCUCCAUCUCACCACCCUGCAGAGGGGCUGCUCUCUGGAAUUCCCAGCCUGGAUGGAGGCUCCAUCCCAGCACCCUGCAGAGGGGCUGCUCUCUGGAAUUCCCAGCCUGGAUGGAGGCUCCAUCCCAGCACCCUGCAGAGGGGCUGCUCUCUGGAAUUCCCAGCCUGGAUGGAGGCUCCAUCUCACCCCCCUGCAGAGGGGCUGCUCCCUAGGACCCCCAGCCCAGCCUUCUCCAUCCCAGCAUCCUGAAAAGUGGCUGCUCUCCAGGAUUCCCAGCCUGGAUGGAGGCUCCAUCCCACCACCCUGAACCAGGGCUGCUCUGCAGGAUUCCCAGCCCAGACUUCUCCAUCCCACCACCCUGCAAAGGGGCUGCUCUCUGGAAUUCCCAGCCCAACCUUCUCCAUCCCAUCACCCUGAACCAGGGCUGCCCUCCAGGAUUCCCAGCACGAGGCCUGGAUGCCAUUCCCUGAGGGAAGCGAUGGCUCCCUGUGCCCAGCUGGGAUCCAAAGGGAGGUGGCACACCCGGCACUGGCUGGGCUCUGCAGGAGGAGCCACGACUGGAACAACACCCAAACCCCUCCAAAACCAUCCCUGCCUGGAGGAAGACGGCUUGGAAUGUCGGAUUUGCUGGAUGCUCCUGGCAUGGGGGAAUCAGCCCAUGGGGACGGGCCCUGCCAGGGCAGGAUGGGCACCGAGAGAGCUCGGGGACCCCUCCAUCCUUCUGCCCUCCUGGCACCACAACAGCACAGUGUCACAGGCAUUUUGGGAAAACCUCUGGCUCUUGAGGAGGAGCUCUCAGAGGAGGAGCUCUCAGGGCCCGGCAUAUGGCAGCUCCAGAGACAGCCUGGCCCCAGCAGGGAGCACUGGCUGGAGCAGCCGCUCGGGCUGCCAGGGCCAGGCCACGCAGGGAGGGCGGAGGACGCGGCGUGGGGACCUGGCACAGAGGGGACCUGCACACAACUCCUCUGUUCCUGGGGUCUGGCAGCCCCCUGGGCAGCACCCGGAGCUCCCGAGGUGCUCCUGGAGCCGGUGGUGCCUCUGCUCCGUCCUGGCAGCCGCGGGCAGCCGGUCCCGGGGGACGUGGGGAGCCCGCAGAACCGCCCCUCGCUCCUCCUCCCCUGCUCCUGCUCCUCUUAUACCCUCCUCUCUCCGUCCCCUCUGCUCCUCUCCCUCCCUCGCUCCUCUUUCCUCCUCCAUUCCUCCUCCCUGAACUCGCCCCUUCGCUCUCCCUCCUUCCCUGCCCCUCUCACACACCCCGAGGAACCGACCCAGCACCGGAGACCCCCAGGCUGUGGCCGGACGGGCACCAGGACCCCCCUCUCCAGAGCUGGGCCCCCCCAGAGCGGGCGAUGCCCCUCCAGAUCUUCUGCACCGUCUCCUUCUCCAGCGAGGAAGGGCCUGAGGACGCCACGGACCCCGGGAAGGGAGAGGACGGAGCAGACGAGUUCCUGUACGGGCAGGAGGACGAUGAAGAGGAGGAGGAGGACGCAGGGGCAGCCACGGACUUGGCAGCCUUCGCCAGCAGCUGCACCUUGCACGGGCUGAGCCACAUCUUCGUGGAGGGCGGGCUGGGCGCCCGGCAGGCGCUCUGGGCUCUGGCCUUCCUCCUCUCCCUCUCGGCCUUCCUCUACCAGGCGGGCGACCGCGUCGCCUGCUACCUGGAGCGCCAGCACGUCACGCUGCUCCGCGAGGAGCAGAGCCCCGAGCUGACCUUCCCCGCCGUCACCCUCUGCAACGUCAACCGCGCGCGGCUCUCGCAGCUCAGCCGCCGCGACCUGCUCUACCUGGCCCCGCUGGUCCGCUACGAGCCCGGCACGGAGCUGGGCUUUGGCACAGAGCUGGGCUUUGGCACAGAGCUGGGCUUGGCCCCGGCCCCGCCCGGCCCCUGGGAGGAGGAGGAGGAGGAGGAGGAGGAUGAGGAGCCCCUCAAUCUGUUUGGGUUUUUUAACCGCACGUGCCACAGGCUGGAGGACAUGCUGCUGAGCUGCCGCUACCGCGGCCGGCGCUGCGGCCCCGCCGACUUCGCGCCGGUCUUCACCCGCUACGGGAAGUGCUACACCUUCAACGCGGGGCAGGACGGGAAGCCCCGGCUCAUCACCAUGAAGGGGGGCACUGGCAACGGCCUGGAGAUCAUGCUGGACAUCCAGCAGGACGAGUACCUGCCAGUGUGGGGGGAAACAGAUGAGACCUCGUUCGAAGCCGGGAUCAAGGUGCAGAUCCACAGCCAGGACGAGCCCCCCCUGAUCGACCAGCUGGGCUUCGGGGUGGCCCCCGGCUUCCAGACCUUCGUGUCCUGCCAGGAGCAGCGGCUCAUCUACCUUCCCCCUCCCUGGGGCGACUGCCGGGCCGUGGCGGGCGACCUGGAGUUCUACGACACGUACAGCAUCACUGCCUGCCGCAUCGACUGCGAGACCCGCUACCUGGUGGAGAACUGCAACUGCCGCAUGGUGCACAUGCCAGGUGAUGCCCCGUACUGCACCCCCGAGCAGUACAAGGAGUGCGCGGACCCCGCCUUGGAUUUCCUGGUGGAGAAGGACAACGAGUACUGCCUGUGCGACAUGCCCUGCAACAUGACCCGCUACGGCAAAGAGCUCUCCAUGGUCAAGAUCCCCAGCAAGGCCUCGGCCAAGUACCUGGCCAAGAAGUACAACAAGUCGGAGCAGUACAUCGGGGAGAACAUCCUGGUGCUGGACAUCUUCUUCGAGGCCCUCAACUACGAGACCAUCGAGCAGAAGAAGGCCUACGAGGUGGCCGGUCUGCUGGGUGACAUUGGAGGGCAGAUGGGGCUGUUCAUCGGGGCCAGCAUCCUCACGGUGCUCGAGCUCUUCGACUACGCCUACGAGGUGAUAAAGCACCGGCUGUGCCGGAGGGGCAAGUGCCGCAAGAACCACAAGAGGAACAACACGGACAAGGGCGUCGCGCUCAGCAUGGACGACGUGAAGCGCCACAACCCCUGCGAGAGCAUCCGGGGGCACCCGGCAGGGAUGACGUACGCAGCCAACAUCCUACCUCACCACCCGGCCCGGGGCACCUUCGAGGACUUCACCUGCUAACCCCGACGUCACUGGAUGUACAACCUGAGCUACCAAAGCCCUGCGUGCGGAGCUGCCCCUUCCCCCGGAGGGGGGACGCGGCCCCGGGGCCCUCGCUCCCUCCUCGGCACCGAGGGACACACGGACGCGAGCGACGGCCUCGCCCGGCGGGGCAGGGCAGGGCAGGGUCGGGGCGAUGCCCCCGGGUCGGGGCGAUGCCCCCGGGUCAGGGCAGUGCCCCCCGGGUCGGGGCGAUGCCCCCGCGCCCGCCCAGAGACUCGAGGGACGACACAACACACGCACAGGGGCCGGGGCAGGGCCAGCCCCGGCCCCCCCACCCCAACCCCGGCUCCCCUCGGCCUUUUUAACUCCGAACCCAGAAGCCAAGAAGAAGAAGAGGAGGAAGAAGAAGAGGAUGGUGUCCAUCCACAGCCCUGUCCGUCUGUCCGCCAGCGUCUCCAUGCCCAUCCCGCUCCCAAUGCCUCGGACCCCCCGUGCCCGGGGGGGGGGAUUUUUGUGGAGGGGUCCCAGGGCUUGGCUGGGGGUCCCCGGAGAGCCUCAGUGUCCCCCAGGACCGGUGCCCACCCUGGCCUGGGCACUCCACGUGCACCAGGACGCAGCAGCUGCCCCUCUCCAGAACAUUUUCCCUGGCACCCACCCCGGGAUCAGCCCCUGGGGGCACCAGGGGGGACUCGGGAGGUGCCCCCGUGGCUCUGUGGACCCCCAGCCCGGGCGAUGCUGAGCCCACCCUGCCCCUUUUCCCGGGUUCUGGGCAGUGCCAGCCCCGUCCCACCAGCCCUCCCCGCUGCCAGGGCACCCCGGGCAGCCCCCCAGCACCAGCCCUGCCCGGGGAGAAAGGGGGAAGGGACCCCCCUUUAGAGGGACACCCCCUUGGCACCGGGUGGGCACCGGAGCCCCAACACCACCAGGGCUCACAGGCUGGUCCCGGGAGCAGCUCCCACCCCCCGAGCCCCCCCAAACUCAGCUGCCCAGGGGAUUUUUGGGGGGUCUGUGGCCUCGCUGCCCCUCCCGGGGGGGGGUCUGGGGGUCUCUGCCCCCCCUCUGACCCCUCCAUCACCCUCACUUCACUCUGGGGUCUGCACUUGGCCCCCCCCAACCCCACAGACCAGGCCAGAGCCCCCCCGGGCCCAAGUGCUACUUAAAUCUUUUAAGAGCUUUUGCAAUAAGUCUGUUCAGUAAUUUUUUGGUUUCCGAGCUGCAGCUUUGGGGUUUUUUUUAAUUCCUGCCAUUUUUUUUAAUUCCUGCCAUUUUUUUUUAAUUCCUGCCAUUUUUUUUUAAUUCCUGCCAUUUUUUUUUAAUUCCUGCCAUUUUUUUUAAUUCCUGCCAUUUUUUUUUAAUUCCUGCCAUUUUUUUUUAAUUCCUGCCAUUUUUUUUUAAUUCCUGCCAUUUUUUUUUAAUUCCUGCCAUUUUUUUUUUAAUUUCUGCCAUUUUUAUUUUUUUUUAAUUCCUAUUAUUUGCUUCCUGACCAAAAUUAGGAACUGGGGGGGGAGGGAAGGUCAGCCACAGGUCGGCCACAUCCAUAAAUUUUCUUAUGGAUUUUUCCCUGGUGUUUCCACCUGGCCUUUCAUUUAUUUAUUUAUUUGCUUUCUUCCUCCCCUCUUUUCUUCCCCCCUUGGAGCUGUUAAAGAUGGGGCUGGGAUCUGACCUGGAGAAGACACUCUUUUGUUAUUACGCCAUCCACAUUUUAUAUUUCUUAUAUAUAAUAUAUAUGACUAUAUAUAUAUGUGUACAUAUAUAUAUAUAUACCUCUAUAUGCAUCAUGCCAGUGUAGAUACCCAUCCAAGUAGGGUUUAGGCCUUGUUCUUGUGCCAUUUUAUUUUAUUUUUUAUUUUAUUUUAUUUUUUAUUUCUGUUACUGAUCUCUGAAUGCCUUCAAAAGUGUAUAAAAAGUGUGGAAUUCUCUCCGGUAUCUGUACUAUGUACACACAUUUUCAUAGGAAGCACAAUAAGAUGACAGAUGCAUUGUACAUCAAUACCUGCUACUCUCAACGACGAUAUAAAGAAUGAUAUAAAUGAUAUAAACCCCCC